GAUGAAUUUGCAAGUGAGAUUUGAUAAUCAGUUCACACACUCUAGCAUAGAUUCAUAUUCCAAUCCCCGCACUGUGAUACAAGAGAAAUAUGAUGAGUUUUCAAAAGGAACACCUCGACUUGGUGUUGGUCCCUAGUGGGCUCCUCAUCAUGUUUGCUUACCAUCUCUUCCUGCUCUACAGAUGCCUCAAUCUGCCUCACACCACAGUCAUUGGCUUUGAGAACAAUGACAAGAAAGCCUGGGUUGAGAGAAUUAUGCAGAUUGACAAGAAGGAUCUCAACCCAGUUAUCAUCGUCAUUUCAUCAAACACCUCCGCGGCAACUGUCUUAGCAUCAAUCUCCCUAAUUCUCUGCUCUCUCAUCGGAGCCUGGAUAGCAAACAACUCCACUAUCUUCCAGAGCGAGUUAAUCUAUGGCGACACAAGGCCAUCCACCAUGGCCAUCAAGUACAUUAGCCUCCUCAUAUGCUUCCUCUUGGCUUUUUCUUGCUUUGUUCAAUCAUCAAGGUACUUUAUCCACACAAACUAUCUAAUUAGCACACCAGAUAGCGAUGUACCAAUUAAAUCCAUUGAAUCGACGAUCAUAAGAGCAGGUGAUUUCUGGUCUCUUGGGCUUAGAGCACUCUACUUGGCUACCACCUUGCUGCUAUGGUUAUUUGGUCCGAUACCCAUGUUCGCUACCUCUGUUAGCAUGGUGUUGCUUCUCCAUUUCCUUGACACCAAUACGACUCCAUUGCAUCGACACAAUUCGCAUAAGAAGAAGCCUCUGGGAAGGGUUAGAGGAACAAAUAACUAUGGAAGCCAUGGCUGUGGGGUGACUUGCGAGGUGAAGCAUUGAGGUGAUUGAAGUUUAUGAAUUUUUGAUAGCCCAAAAUUCGGAGAAUACCAAUUUGUACUCGAAAACAUUUUAACCAACGUUGGUUUAAUGGGU